CCGGCGGAGGCGGACGGGGUUGCGGCGCGAAGGGCGGCGGGGCGGCCCCGGGCUGCAGGCGCGGAGGGACCGUGUCGCGGCCCGCUCGCUUCCUGGUGGCCGCGCUCCGCGUCCCUGGCGGCGUUUGCCAAGACAAAAGUGCGUCAGAGAGGCUCAUCCCAUGGUGUCUGACAGAAGGACUGAAGGUGACAUAGUUGUCCUUUUACCUUGACUGAAGAGGAACCCUGUCCUCAGCUGAGAAUAUACCAGUACUCUCUGAGAAUUUGAAUGAUCUCUUCUGUGUCUGAGAGAUGUUAUGUUUUGAGGAAAAAUAUGGCUUUCAUACUAGAAAAGAACAAACAAGCAGAAGUUGGAAGAAUUCUUGUGUUUCAGUGCUGCCUUCUUUUGUGUGAUCCAUAUGAAGGAGUGUAGAGUAAAAGGUAAAUAUUUAGAUUAUUUGCAUACCUGCAUUUGACUUUUCAGUCUAGUAGUAGCUACUACACAACUGUCAGUACAAGUGAUUUUUGCUGUUAGCGUAGAUGGCAUACAAAAAAGCAAAUAAUGAAGGUAGUCUCAAUAUGUUUGCCAUGGAUUAUAUUUAUUUUCCUGCUUGGUUAAAUCUUUACUUAGUUGAAGCAAAAUGUGUUAUUGUGAUUUUUAGUGUUUAUGGUUUGUUCUUCGCACCUAAUGUAAGAUUGAUUGUUUCUGACAUUGUUCUAACUCUUCAGAUAAAUGGCAGAGGAGCAUAAUGGGGUAUUGUUUCAUAUCUCUGUCAGGAAAAUUACUGCAAGCCUUAUGGGUUAGAAUUCAUUUGUUAUUAACUUUAAGAACUCACGGAGUAGAGAAGUAUAAUAAGAUUCAAAGCAGCUAACUUUAGGGAAAAAAAAAAGAUUUGAGACACCUGCAAAAUUAUAUAGAUGGGCAAUCUAAAUUUCAGAAAUUGUGAAGGCCCUAGAACAGGAGCAAAGUACUGUAGCUCUGCAGGCCAUAACAGGUAGAUGACAGUCUGUAGGAGCCAGUAGAGAUUUAACAAAAAAAGCACAUCAGGUGAAUUGAAUCUCCUCUAACAUCUGCUUCUUCCCCUCUACCCAGAAAACUUGUUAUCCCGUCAUAGAUCUCCACCUAGCAAAGCAUUUAAUAGUGCCCCAGAGGAAGCUCUCACAGGGAAGCCAGGGUGACAUAAAUGGCAAAGUGGUUCACAUGAUGUCGUUUCAAAGGAUGGAUGCGGUGCACCGUGGUGCUUUGUCCUGAGCCUGUAACUACUUAUUUUCAUUCUUAAUAGGAUUUCCUCACUACUCGAUAAGGCAAUACCAACCUGUAAACACGUGGAAAGUUAGGUAUGGAAUUCAGACUGACACAGACGAGUUGUGCUGGAGACCUGCCUGAGCUGAAGCAUGCACAAGGCACAGAGGGAGCAGAGCAGAGCUCUGCAGCGUGGCCAGAAGCGCACAGCUGGGGGUAGGGUCUGCCUGGCAACCUGCACUGGGGCACCUCCGGCCGAGGGGACAGCCGGGCUCCUGCUGGCAACGGUGAGCGCUGUGCCUCGCUGGGUAAAUAGAAACCUGGGCAUUGUUUUAAACAGGGCGAGAAACGUUACAAUCCCACAAGGCAUUGGCAAGGUGUGCUUAUUUGUUGUGAUGUUGAAGGAAAUCGUAGGCCACCUGGAGAGCUAGGGGGGGACAAAAGAACGGAUGGCUAGACCCUCCCUAGGGCUAACCCUUGAGAAAGGGUUAUAUGGAUUAUGUGACUGUGGACGAUUCAUGGCAGGCGAGGAGUUUGGCUGCCCUCAGACCCGUGGAUGUCAGCGGCAGCCACUGAGAAGGCCAGAUACUGUCCUGCUGGCCCCUCGCGGUACUGGCGGCGCAGACAAGCCGUACGGCAGGUACGGGUGGAUAUCACGUAGCGCGUCACGGUUCAGCGGGACCGGCAGCACGGGGGCUCGGGGAGCGGCUCUGACCCACCGGCCUCACAGAGCCGCCGGCAGGGCGGGGCAGCGCCGCUGCUCCGGCGCGCGCCACCCCCAGGAUUUGAAAUCCCGUCCCGUGGUGCCCCGGGGCCGCCGCUGAUUGGCCGGGCCGGGCCGUGCGCGGUUCAAAGCGGCGUUGGCGGGGGCGCGCGCGGCCGAACCGAGUCCCGGCUCCGCGGCAGCGCUUCUGUCCCGUCCCCGUCCCGCCAUGGCUUCCUUCGGCUCCCAGGGCGGUGGCACCAAGAAGGAGGAGAAGGGCAAGAACAUCCAGGUGGUGGUGCGGUGCAGGCCUUUUAAUGCCUCGGAACUUAAAGUGAGCUCCUACGCUGUUGUAGACUGUGAUCAAGCAAGAAAGGAAGUCAGUGUCCGCACUGGGGGAAUGACAGAUAAGUCCUCAAGAAAGACUUACACAUUUGAUAUGGUUUUUGGAGCUCAGGCAAAGCAGAUUGAUGUGUACCGGAGUGUUGUGUGUCCCAUUUUGGAUGAAGUUAUUAUGGGCUACAACUGUACAGUGUUUGCUUAUGGCCAAACAGGUACUGGUAAGACCUUCACAAUGGAAGGGGAGCGGUCACCCAAUGAAGAAUAUACUUGGGAAGAGGAUCCCCUAGCAGGUAUCAUACCCCGUACAUUGCAUCAAAUAUUUGAAAAACUCACAGAGAAUGGUACUGAAUUUUCAGUGAAAGUCUCUCUUUUGGAAAUCUAUAAUGAGGAGCUUUUUGAUCUUCUGAAUCCUACUCCUGAUGUUGGAGAAAGACUGCAGAUGUUUGAUGAUCCUCGAAACAAGAGGGGUGUAAUUAUUAAAGGCUUGGAAGAAGUAACUGUACACAACAAAAAUCAAGUUUACCAAAUCCUGGAAAGGGGUGCAGCCAAAAGAACAACUGCAGCUACUUACAUGAAUGCAUAUUCCAGCCGUUCCCACUCUGUGUUUUCAAUUACCAUCCAUAUGAAAGAAACAACAGUGGAUGGAGAAGAACUUGUUAAAAUUGGAAAGCUAAACUUGGUUGAUCUUGCAGGAAGUGAAAACAUUGGUCGAUCUGGGGCUGUUGACAAAAGAGCUCGUGAAGCUGGAAAUAUCAACCAAUCUCUGCUGACCCUAGGAAGAGUUAUUACUGCUCUAGUGGAAAGAGCCCCUCAUAUUCCAUACAGGGAAUCUAAACUCACAAGAAUCCUUCAAGACUCUCUUGGAGGACGGACAAAAACAUCAAUAAUUGCCACAAUUUCGCCUGCAUCUGUAAAUCUUGAGGAAACAUUGAGUACACUGGAAUAUGCCCAUAGAGCAAAGAACAUCAUGAACAAGCCUGAAGUUAAUCAGAAACUAACAAAAAAAGCUCUUAUUAAGGAAUACACUGAAGAGAUUGAACGUCUGAAGCGGGACCUUGCUGCUGCUCGAGAAAAAAAUGGAAUCUAUAUUUCUGUUGAGAACUAUGAAGCCCUUAAUGGAAAGCUGACAGUUCAGGAAGAACAAAUUACAGAGUAUAUUGACAAAAUCAGUGUCAUGGAAGAAGAAAUGAAAAGGGUCACUGAACUAUUCAGAGUCAGUAAAAAUGAACUCGAACAGUGUAAAACAGAUUUGCAGAUCAAGGAGAAAGAACUGGAAGAAACACAAAAAGAUCUGCAAGAAACCAAGGUUCAGCUGGCUGAAGAGGAAUAUGUGGUUUCAGUUUUGGAAAAUACUGAACAAAAGCUUCUUGGCACAGCUAGCAAGUUACUAAGUACAGUUGAAGAAACUACAAGAGAUGUGUCUGGGCUCCAUGCGAAACUGGACCGUAAGAAAGCUGUUGAUCAGCACAAUGCUGUUGUCCAAAAUACAUUUGCAGGACAAAUGAAUGCUUCAUUCAGCAAAAUACAAGAUUCAAUUACUGAAAACAGUUUAAAGCAGCAACAGAUGUUGACAUAUUACACAAAUUUUAUAGGUGACCUCCUGUCUACCAGUUCUUCUACAGCAGAUAUUCUUGCAUCGGUUGUAUCAGCAUCUUUUGCCUCUCUUAAAGAAUUGGUGUCUACUGAAGUUUCUCACAUGUCUGAAAAAAUAACACAGCAUGAGAAUCUAUCGCUUGAUUGUAAAGCGGAGCUGCUGAGAUUAAUUGAGGAACAUGAAACUGGAUUAGGAAGAGCAGUAAAUAGCUUGACACCAAUGGUAGAAUUUGUCUUGGGUUUAAACUGUCAGUUCCAGAGUAACAUGAAGAAAUAUUCUGCUGUGGCUGACCAGAUGGAGGGCCAUAAAAAGGAAAUGGAUACCUUCUUUGGAGAUCUUUUUCUCACUCUGAAAAAAAUACAGGAACAAACAGCCGCUGGCUUUGCUCAGCUCCAGCACAAUUGUGACUGUUUAAAAGAAGAAGUGGAAAUGAUGAGGUUGGCACAUAGAAAGAGUGCAGCCGAAUUGAUGUCUUCACUGCAAAGCCAGCUUGACCUUUUUACUCAGGAGACUCAGAAAAACUUAACUGAUGUACUCACAAGAAAUGGAAGCCUGAAGACCACCAUCACUGCUAUGCAAGAAAAUGUUCACCUGAAAACUACAGACUUAGUCAGCAGUACAAAUUUCAAUCACAGCAAAUUUACUGCAUCUCUGGAUAAUUUCUCUCAAGAGCUCAGGAGCAUAAAUGCUGAAAACAAGGCAAUGCUGGAAGAAUCCAAUGACCACUGUCAACAUCUUCUCAGCAAUCUCAAAAAUGUGUCUCAACAUACCAGUACAUGGGGUGAAUUUACAACUGCUCAGAUGGUCAGCUUUACUAAUCAGCACCUGUUGUCAUUCAGGGAUGAGAAACAGCAAUUUCAGUAUUUACAAAAGAAAAAUGAAGAAAACUGUGAUAAAGCAAUAGCUGAAAUUGCUGACCACAUUGGCAGACAAAAGGCUGCUGAGGGGAAAGUGCUAAAUGGCCUUCUGGAUCAGAUAAAAGUGGAUCAGGAGAUACUUGUGGAGCAGAAGCUGGCACUUCAGGAAGAAGUACAGCAUGGACUAACUCAGGUUAAUGGUUUCCUGCAAGAGGAUCUCAAAGUGGAUGUUCCAACAGGGACAACUCCACAGAGAAAAGACUACUUCUAUCCUGUCACACUUGUGAGAACAGAGCCCCGGGAACUACUUCUGGAGCAAUUAAGGCAAAAGCAACCAAAUCUUGAUGCUAUGCUAAGCAGUGUGGUAAAGGAGAUGGAGGAUAAUGCAGGUCAGGAUGUGCUGGAAGAGGAAGGAGAGUUGCAAGAACCCAGUGAAAGCCUUGCUUGUGACAAAUACUUAAUGGAUACAAAUGUGUAUUGCCACACAAAUGGUGGCAUUCCUUUUUUCCAGCACAAAAGAAGUCUCAAAAAGGGUAAAGAGAACAAAUCUGCAGCUCCAGUGGAGAACAAAAUGGAGGAUAUGACAGAAGAGUUUCUUCAGAAAUCAAAGCAUCCUUUAAGAUUGCUGAACUAAGAUAUAUCCUCUGCAGAUCCCUGUUUUCAGAUAUUUCUAUCUUAUUGUCUUACUGAGCCACAACUUUUUUUGGUAUUCUCAGUGUCUCUAUGUAGUGAUAUAGUGAUGCAAAGUUGAAUCAAAAUAUUUACCUACUCAAUCUCAUGCCUUGGUUCUGUUUUUAUAUGUUGCAGCUUGCAAAGUUUUAAGAAAAAAAAACCCUGCAGAUUAUGGUGCUGUUAUUUUAAAUAUAUAUAUAUAUGUGGUCAAGUAAGAAAUUUUCUGUUUCUCAGUAGAUCUAAAAUACCAGAAAGGGAUGUGGAAAUAUGCUUUGUCAACAUGAUAAGUUACCAUUUUAUGUAUUAAUUAGCUGUAAAUAAGUGUUCUGGUUUUAUAACUGCUCUUUAUUCCAGUUUCUGUUUUUACUGUGAUACUUCAAAUAAAUUAAUACAUGGAAAACCAA